AUGAAUCAUCACAUCGGCGGCGAUAAUGGCCACGCGGGUCUGGCCUCUCUUCUAUCGACCCGCCACUCCAGUCGCAACUUCCUCCCAACCCCAGUACCAGUCGAGCAUCUGACGAAAUGCCUAGCGAUGGCCCAGCAAUCACCCUCUAACUCUAACACCCAACCCUGGCGCGCCAUCUUUCUCACCGGCGACACCCUCUCCACUCUCAAGAAAGCCCUAGUCUCCGCCGCAACCCAGAAAGACCCAACAGAAAUCAUCACACCUCUCCCCACAACAUACCAGCACUACCGCUCCAGCCUAGGCUGCAAAGUCUACGGCGAAGCACUAGGCAUCGCCCGCGCUGAUAUCCCCGCGCGCACCGCGGCCGUGCUCCGCAACUUCGAGUUCUUCGGUGCGCCGUGGGCCGGGAUUGUAUAUCUGGACCCGUUCGUGCACGACAGGCCGGAUUUGGCGCAGGGUGUGGGCAUGUGGCUGCAAUCGUUGCUGUUAGCGCUGACAGAGCACGGGCUGGGUACGUGUGUUCUGAUCAGUGUGGCUGAGUAUGCAGCGGUGAUUAAACGCGUGUUAAAACUUCCGGACGAGGUGACGGUUCUGUGCGGGUUGGCGGUGGGGUAUGAGAAUCCUGAUGCUGGGGUGAAUCGAGUGGUUGUAGGGCGGCAUGCGUGA